AUCGCGGUCGUGUUUGCAACAGAGUGCAGUCAAAAUGACCUUCUACUACUACUUUCUUAUCGCCAUUCUUUUAUCUUCGGUCGCGGCUCUCACCGACCAACAAAAAGAAAAAUUGGAGAAAUACAGCGCGCCAUGUCGACAAGAAUCAGGGAUAACUCAAGAAGAAGUAAACAAGGUCGACGUUGCCAAUUUCCCUGAUGAUGCCAAAACGAAGAAACACGUUCUUUGCGUUUUGAAGAAGCUGGAGUUCAUUGACGAUAACGGGGAUUUGAAGAUCGAGAAGAUUAAACCCACGGUGGUGGCAGCAAGUGAAGGUGAGGAACAAAGCGAGAAGAUUGUUGCCAAAUGCGCCGUGAAGAAGGAUACAGCUGAAGACACGGCCUUCCAGCUGGUGGACUGUUUGCAUAAGCAAUUGCCAAAUUAUGCGCCAGUGGUGUGAACUUAUAGCGACGAAUUUUUUUUCAUGGGUAAUUAUUUUUAAACUUGAAUUAUCAUACAUAAAAUUUUAAAUACGUUUAUAGGGUACAUAAAAAAAUUAAAAAUAAAUUUAUUGAAAAUACAGUUAUGGUAAAAUAAUUA